CUUAUGACUCUGGGUCUUUUUCACAGCUCUCGUACAAGUGCCACUCCAUAUGUGUAUUCCGUGAAGCGUAUGGUCAAUCCAGACAGGAACGACAACAUCUUAAGAACACAUUCAUCGAUGUCUUCUACCAAGACGACCUCUCGUGCAGAAGACGAAAAGACCGUUCGGGAAUGGGGUUUCAACCACGUCUUCACGUGGACAGACGGGCCUCUUGUCCAUUACCCUCCGCACUCUCAUUCCGGCUUAACGACGCACCUCAUCCGUCAAGGCAGUUUAACCAUCACUUACCCACGAGAUUCCAACCCCACAAAGGAAAAGUUCGGGGCGGGCGCGAGGAUAGACGUACCGGCGAGCAAAGUGCACGAAGUGUGGAUGGGCAAUGAAGGGUGUGAAUAUGUUAUAGGGGAAUGACCGGCACAGGCUAUCAAAUGCAUAAUGGUUUAUGAGAAUAUGAUGAUUUUUACAUUGUUUGUGUCAUGGUAUAGUAACUUUCCAACCAGCAUAUAAACGGAGGGCAAAAUCCCCCUUCAUCCCUAAACACAUGCCACUUCAGGUUUAAUACGUUCUCUUGAAUGGUGGAACCGCCUUGCAUUCGUUCUCGUCCAAGGUGUGACCAACAACCGCUCUGUAACCAAGAUCGACCUUUCCAUGUGGUGACUUUUGCCAUGACAGAGUGUGCUUCAUCCAGUGCUCGUCAUCACGUUCGGGGAAGUCCUCACGAGCGUGAGCACCACGAGAUUCUUUACGGUUGGCAGCAGAUGCCGCAGUUUGAGUGCUAUUUCGGCAAUGGUUAGUAAAUGCUCAUACGGGGUGGAAUUUAAAGAAGAACUUACGCGCAGGUCAACAAGUUUCUCAGUUCAAGAGUUUCCACCAAGUCGGAGUUCCAGAUCAUGCUUCGGUCCUUGAUACCGACCUGAUCGAACGUCUGGUCGACCUCGUUGAUCCUUCUUACACCUUCGUCCAAAGACUCUUGUGUUCGGAAAACACUGACAUCAGUCUGCAUCACCUUUUGCAUGGCGCUUCGGACAUCGUAGGUGCUCUUGGGGCCGUCCGACUCACGGACCUUGUCGAGAACGUUGAUCGAGUCGGCACCGGCAUCGGCUGCAAUCUCCUUUUGCGUCUGGCCCGGAGUGAAGUUAUCGCGGAUCGUAUGCGACACGGCACGUCCGAAGACGAUCAAGUCCAGCAGCGAGUUGGCACCCAAUCUGUUGGCACCAUGAACGGAGACACAGGCAGCCUCGCCACAAGCGAACAAUCCAGGAACAACCUCAUCUUCACCCUUGGAGUUGACCGUGAGCACUUCACCGGUGUACUUGGUCGGGAUACCACCCAUGUUGUAGUGGACAGUUGGAAGGACAGGAAUUGGUUGUUUGGUGACAUCGACACCAGCAAAGAUGGAGGCAGUCUCGGAGAUACCAGGAAGGCGUUCGUGGAGAAUUUCGGCAGGCAAGUGGCUGAGUUGGAGGUAAAUGUGAUCCUUGUCAGGACCAACACCACGUCCCUCACGAAUUUCCAUGGUCAUUGAUCGGGAAACGACAUCUCGAGAGGCCCUACGAUGAACGCUGUUAGCCAUGCGAAAGAAAGGAGUCGAGUGGAGGCUGACUUACAAGUCCUUGGCAGUAGGGGCAUAACGUUCCAUGAAUCGUUCACCUUCGGAGUUGAGCAGGUAGCCACCUUCACCUCGAGAACCUUCGGUAAUCAGACAGCCGGCACCAUAGAUACCGGUGGGGUGGAACUGGACGAAUUCAAGAUCCUGGUUGGGUAGACCGGCACGAGCGACCAUGGCCAUUCCAUCACCAGUGCAAGUAUGGGCAGAUGUGCAGCUGAAGUAGGCCCGACCGUAGCCACCCGUGGCCAAAACGGUGUUCUUCGCCUUGAAUCUGUGCAGGGUGCCGUCUUCUUGAUUGUACGCAAGGAUGCCCUUGCACUCGCCACCUUCCAUGAUCAAAUCCAGGGCAAAGUAUUCGAUGAAAUAGUUGGUGUUGUAAUGCAGGGAUUGGCCAUAGAGCGUGUGCAGCAAGGCGUGACCAGUUCUGUCAGCAGCAGCGCAACAUCGGCUCUCUGAUAGAUCCGGCCGUCUUCGGUUCGUGAGAAUGGACAGCCGUAGCCUUCGAGUUCGAUAACCGAUCGGGGUGCUUCGCGCGUCAUGUAAUGAAUAGCAUCUUGGUCGCCCAGCCAGUCGGACCCCUUCACGGUAUCGUACAUGUGCCAUCUCCAGUCAUCCUCGUGCAUGUUACCCAGGGCAGCAUUGAUACCUCCCUGUGCGGCAACGGUAUGACUUCUUGUGGGGAAAAGCUUUGUAACGCAGGCAGUGUUGAAACCUGCCUCUGCCAGACCGAAUGCGGCUCUCAGACCUGCGCCGCCGGCUCCAACCACGACCGCAUCAUACCUGUCUCAUGUUAGGAGUCCAUCGUGACAUCACCAAGGAGGGAGGAACAUGCUCAUGGUCGAUCACUGCAUAUUUGCUAGACACGUGAGGUGAGGCUUCUUUCGCACGGAGGGGGUUGUUUGCGACAAUGCGCGCUUAAUGGAUGUCAGCAGCUAGCCAAAAGGAAAAGGCACAACAGGAUUCAUACCAGCCGGCCUCGUUGAAGAGAAAUGUCUUCUUGUUGGUCUGAAAGCUCGAGAAAACUAUCGCAUCGGAUCAGCACCGGAUCAAGAACAACGAGCUCCUCCGCGUACCUUGUUUGCAGGAGUCAGGCUCCGCAGAAUGGUUGAAGAACUCAUCUUGUGGCGGCUUCAACGCACCCAGCACAAGCAGAGGAAAAAGAGAAGCACACAAGGGCAGGAGAGGAGGAUGAAGGCGAAAGAGUUGUGGUGGAAAGCUCGAAUGCGUCAAUGAAGCGUCCAAGCCGAGCCGAGAACGCAGUCAAGGUUUGGGAAUGACCAAUGGCAGGUCGGAUAAUUGCCCUGUCAAGGCCUUCCAUAUUAUUGGUGCCGUAUUUUCCCUAUCACCACAUUCCACGACCUUACCCGAAUUACUCCAUAUACAAGUACUCCCUCUCUUCCGAAGGGGGCAAAGUCUUUGGAGGCAAGAAAAUACCAGUGUGAUCAACGUCGGUCGUCAGGUAUACCAUUUACAAUCUCGAUGGUAGCUAUAUCCUGUCCACCAGUGCCACCAGGCUGGCUGCAUCAGCACGAGUGUACGAUCUUCACAGCAAUUCUGCCGAACAAUUCUUCCAGUGUGGUGCAUCGAAUGAGCAGUUGUACAAGCCAAUCUACUACUUUAUUCUGGCUCAUUACUGGAUGGACAAUCACAGACAAGGCGUAGAAAGAGAAUCGAUCAGACCCAGACACGAAAUACAGUGCAAUAUUUUGCAUUCUGAAAGUAUUCUUACACGACCAUCGCACCCAGGGCGGUCUUUGCGUCGAAGAUCUACUCUUGACAAACUCCAGGCAAAUCCAUGCUCUUCUAUGCCGAAAACACCACCAAAAGAGGCCGCUAAUUGUAUUGAGCGUAAACAUCUACCAGAAAGCGUUAGAGAAAUGUCUGGGACAACCAAAACGAAAACAGAGAGAUUGCAAACUUACUCGUAGAGCUGAAUCGGGAGUUGCCUUUGAUCUGUAAUCAUAGUCAGUAUAUCACAACGCUCAUCAUCGAUAGUUGCAAUACAUACGACUUUCUCG